AUGGCUGCAGCUCUCCUAAUUGGGAAGACCUUCCAUACCAAGAACAGAUCAAUUCAGGAGCUCAGGGACAGACCCAACCCCAGAAUUCCCACUUUCCUAUGUUGCCAAAACCAAGGUGAUAUUGAUGAAUUGGAGUCAAAAACAGAUAAGGGGAAGGAGAACAGGCCAUUGUUGUUGCGGGUUUUCGCAGGUGUUGCGAAGUUUGGAGAGGGGUUGAGGGAGAAUUUGAGCCCAAAGCAGAAGGGCGACUGGAAGGACUUGGUGCUGAUGAGCUUGUCUUUUGCUGUGUAUGUGUAUAUGUCUCAGAGGAUUGUCUGUGCCUACUGUGUAUGGAUGUCCACGGUCAAACAACCAUGGUAG